UCAUAAGGAAGUGUGCAGACACCAAACCGUCAAGUAUUUAUUCUGUUACAGGACUGAAAUAAAAUGACCAGAGAGAGCAGAAUGGACAAGCGGAAACUGAGAAUCUGUGGGAUUGGGGUGCUGUUUUCAGUGAUUUCUACUUCUUUUGGGUUGGAAGUUAAUAUUCCACAAUCCACAUAUAAAGUUGCUCGAGGUGACCAAGUUGCCAUCACAUGCACUUUUCAGCCCAAAAACCCAGUGAAUAAUCUCAUUAUCAUCUCAUGGACUGCUGACCCUGAUGGCUCAUUUGAUGAUGAAGGGCUUAAUUUUGGGACGUUCUACUCCAAUGACAACCAUGUCGACAUUGAUCCAAUGUAUGAGGGCAAAAUCCAGAUUGACAGCAAUGUGAACACUCGAGUCUCUACACUGACACUGAAGCAAGCGACCCUGAGAGAAAACAGGCGAAUCAAAUGCCGAGUUAAUAUUCCUGGAGAUACUGUGGGCCAAACUACAGCCACUACUUCCCUUGUGGUUCUGGUUGCCCCAUCUGACCCUGUGUGCAAAAUUAAAGGAACCGCUGAGUAUUGGCAAAACAUCAGCCUGACCUGUGUCUCUGAAGAGGGUUCUCCACUUCCCACCUACAAGUGGCAAAGCUAUGAUGUCAGAAACACUCCGAGAUCAUUCCCACCUAAAACCACAGAACAAGAUGGAGUUCUUUCUCUGUUCAACAUCUCCGCAGACACAUCAGGUUACUUCAUAUGCACAGCAACCAAUGAGAUCCGCUCUGCCAGCUGCAACCUCACUCUGUCCGUCAUGCCUUACACCAUGAAUAUUGGCUCUACAGCAGGCAUCAUUGGUGGGGUCAUUGCUGGAAUUGCUGUUCUUGUGCUGAUCAUUUACUGCUGCUGCAGAAAGAAGGAGAAGCCAGAGGAGUUUGUUAUGGGGCCUCCAGUGAUCGAGUACCAUGACGCAGCAGACAAAGAGGACAUAGAAGAAGGCCCUACAGACGCGAGGAAGGCUAGCAUUGAAGGGGGUAUUGACCCAAAAGAGAAAUAUGAGCUUAAGGCUGAGAAAACGCCUAACCUGCACAGCUCUGAGGACGGUGAUCGCUUUGACCAAGACGAUCGUCAGGACAGAACUUCUCAUUCGAGAAGUCGAGAAGAUUUGUAUCGAGAGAGGGAUGAUGACCGCAGAGACAACUACAAUAGAGGGCGCUAUGAUGACCGCAGAGACCAUUAUGACGACCGUGAAGACCACAGGGGUCGCAAUGAUGACCGAAGAGAUCGUAAUGAUGAUCGAUAUGAUGACCGAAGGGAUCGUAAUGAUGAUCGAUAUGAUGACCGAAGAGAUUAUGAUGACCGCAGAGAUCGGCCUGAUGAUCGCUAUGAUGAUCGCAGAUAUCGACAUGAUGAUCGCUAUGACGACCGAAGAGAUAGGCAUGAUGAUCACUAUGAUGACCGCAGAGAUCGACGUGAUGAUCGCUAUGAUGACCGGCGAGAUUACGAUGACCGACAAGAGCGACAUGAUGACCGCAGAGAUCGCUACGACGAACGCCAGGAUCGUUAUGAUGACCGCAGAGAUCGUUAAGAUGAUUCUCAGGAUUUUGAUUGGUAGAUAGCAUGAUCUAUACAACAAUCUCUGUACUACCUACAGAAACUAAUGUGGAGAGUUUUUUAAUGGAUAAUUAGGAUGGCCAUAGCUAACCUUCUUUUACAGUGUACAUUACAUUUUGUUAAUUAAAACCUUUCAUAAAAUCUUUGGAAAAGUAAUGAUUUUUUAAAGAAAUCUAAGAUGUUCUGAAUGUAUGUUUGCAAGGUUAUCUCUACAAAUUAUGUUUUAAUUCACAAUCUGUAAUACUAGCUUUCACUCGCUAGCUUGUUUUGAUUUAGCUAUACUGGCAGCUUUACACUGGAGAACUUUUACACAUAAAUGUAUGUAAAACUACAGGUGUUUUUAAUUUCAUUACUGUUUAAAUUGUUGGUUCAACCACUUCUUUUAAGUGUAAAUAUGACCUAACAGCUUUAAUUUGAGCUAAUAUUACUGUAUAAUAAACAAUUAACAAAGGAACUCCAAUAAGCUUGUUUCAUGGUUGGCACCCAUAUAAUUACUGUUAUCAUUGCACUCUCUUUGGAACAUUUUGACCACUAAGUUGUCUAUACACCCAUUUUACAUUUAAUUCUGCCGAUUUACAGCUCAAUGCUUGGGGCUUUAUUCCACUCCAGUGCUAAUAUGAUAUAAGGCAUGGUGCCAAAAGCUUCACGUUUAUCUCCUCCAAAGAGUAUGUGUGCAUUUGCACAUCUGUGUCAGCAAUGAAUACAACAGUAUUCAACAGUAUUAUUAAUUAGAAUGUGUGUCCACAAACAUUUGCAAUAGAAAUGGUUCAUAUAUGUUUUUGUUAACUAAAUACUACUGGAUUUUUAAAGGCCUGCACUAUUUACUGCACUAAAACGAGUGUGGAGCUGUACAGCCUCCAGUGCGUCCUAGACAUAUUAUUAUUCUUAAGGUGUGCUUAUUAUUUCUGUGGGCAGCAGAAUGGUUAGGAGCUGACCUUUAUAGACAUCUCUUGUUCUCCUGCCCAACACCCCCACCCCAUUAAAUGGCAUUCCUUAUCAAAAAACAAACACACUCCCCAGUGCCCUUACAGAGCAAAGCCUUCUAGUUCCCCUCACCCUAUCAACCAAGCUCAGGAUUGUUAAUGUCCAACAUGUACGGCUCAUAAUUGAUGACAUAUUGUGUUUCUAAGGUUGUCCCUGUAGGCAUUAAUACAGCAACUGCAACUGCAAAUGAUUUUACAUGAUAUCACACUGACCAGCUGGAAGUUGUGGGUGGCUUAACAAUCAUGUUAUAUUUAUAAUGGCCCAACUAUGGCAGCUUAGUGGACCCAGGAAUUGAACCCACAACCCUGUACAACUGUGCUACAGAUGUGGAAGCAUCAUGUAGUUGCAUCGCAUCAAACACAAGGCUUGUGGGACAUAUUUAGCCUUGAGCAAAAUUCAGUCCAAAAUGAUUUCAUACAAUGUAAUGUGCACUUUAAACCCCCUCCCCAAAUAAUAGGGCUACAUGCAUUGUAGCCAUUUAGUAAUUUUUGUCACUAGAUGUGGCAAUGUUUCAGACCCCUCUAGCAAGUUAUAUCCUAAAAAGAAAUCUAGCAACUUUUGAUACAAUCCUACAGCUACAUCCACCAGAGGAGAAUGACCCAAACUGCUCAGCGUGCUCCCUCUCUUUUUCUCCCAAGUAUGAAUAAACUUGCCAUUACACUA